UCCUCCUGUCCUUCCCUGAGCCCGGCGUCGGCUGCGAGCGCCCCUUCCACCGCUGGUAUAUAGCGCUCGCUGCGAGGAGAGCGAGCCGAGCCCUUCGAGAGGCGAUGCAGCUGAGGCAGCCGAAGGGAAGCGCGGGGCUUUCGGUGGCGCCUUCAGCAGAGAGAACUAGCCGGCUGCAGCGGACACUCACGUGGGAGACCGCGCGCCCGUCCCUCCUUUUCUCUCUCUCGGAGAACUGCUGCUGCUCCUCCCCCUCCUCGGUCUGCAGGGAUCGGUCCAGAUACCCAUCACAGCUCCCUGUGAGCUACAGGAAACUUUAUGAUUUAGGGUCACCACAAAACAAGCGGAAAAUAUGAAAACGAAUCCUGUCAUCCAAGCUGCCGUUGACCUCACAGCUGGGGCUGUAGGAGGCACAGCCUGUGUGAUAACCGGUCAACCAUUUGACACCGCGAAGGUGAAAAUGCAGACAUUCCCCACCAUGUACCAAGGGCUUGUGGACUGUUUCGUGAAGACAUACAAGCAAGUGGGGCUCCGGGGCUUCUACAAGGGGACCACCCCUGCACUUGUGGCAAACAUUGCUGAAAACGCCGUGCUCUUUAUGUGCUACGGCUUUUGCCAAAACAUUGUGAGGAAGAUUGCUGGCCUAGACAGGAGAGCAAAUCUGAGUGACCUUCAAAAUGCAGCAGCUGGCUCCUUUGCUUCUGCCUUUGCCACUUUGGCCCUCUGCCCUACAGAGCUUGUGAAGUGCCGCCUGCAGACCAUGCACGAAAUGCAAUUAUCUGGGAAGAUAGUGCAACAGCACAAUACAGUUUGGUCAGUAAUAAAAGGUGUUCUGCAGAAGGAUGGCCCCCUUGGUUUCUACCGUGGUUGGUUCAGCACUUUGCUCCGUGAAAUUCCAGGCUAUUUUUUAUUCUUUGGAGGCUAUGAAUUGAGCCGGACAUUUUUUGCAUUUGGCAGACCAAAAGAGGAAUUAGGUCCUGUUGCACUGAUGCUCAGUGGUGGCUUUGGUGGCAUGUGUCUGUGGAUUGCUGUUUACCCAGUGGACUGCAUCAAAUCUAGAAUCCAGGUUCUUUCCAUGGCAGGAAAACAAGCUGGCUUUAUGGGAACUUUUGCAAGUGUUGUCCGGAAUGAAGGUGCGUUUGCCUUGUACUCUGGACUGAAACCUACUAUGAUCCGUGCAUUCCCAGCCAACGGUGCACUGUUCCUUGCCUAUGAAUACAGCCGUAAACUGAUGGUGAACCAGUUUGAUCGCUAGAAAUUUUAUCAUAAACUGACACCACUGGAGUACGUGUAGUCACCACAGCAAUUGCCCAAGUGAAAGUGAUACGUUUUAAAAUC